AUGGACAUGUCCUUGUCGUUGGCCCAGUCAGACGGGCUCCGAGGCGCAUGCUAUGGCCAUGAUCCAAUAAGCCCAGAGCCACUAGACCCUCUCUGCCAGCAGCGAUGCCAUGACUGCACCGAUACUGAACCCACCUGGGGCAGUUGCCCCAAAGAUGCUGAAUAUCAUGUUCUUGCGUGGGCCUGGGCGGUACGUGCGGCCAAGUAUGGCGAUUGA